AAUUGGGGCGAAUUUUGCCACCUUUACGUAUGUCAUUGUAUAUACAACACCACAUGCAUCGACGUAACUUCUUAAUUCCCGAAUUCAAGUGAAAUUAGGGCAAGUCACAAAGAUGUUGAGGCACAUCGGAAAUCGAAUUCCGUGGCUAGGGCAACGACCGUCGUCGUCGGCGGCGCAAGUGGUCUUCCGGCGGCUAUAUCAUGAAAGAGUGGUGGACCAUUACAAUAAUCCUCGAAAUGUUGGAUCCUUUGAUAAGAACGAUCCCACAGUCGGUACAGGUCUUGUCGGAGCUCCGUCUUGUGGUGAUGUAAUGAAGCUUCAAAUCAAAGUCGAUGAUAAGACCGGGAAAAUUACGGAUGCUUGUUUCAAGACCUUCGGUUGUGGCUCUGCUAUUGCUUCUUCCUCACUCGCAACUGAAUGGGUGAAAGGAAGAACAAUAGAGGAAGUACUGUCCAUAAGGAACACGAUAUCAAAAGAACUUCCCUUCCAACUCGAGGCUUGGCCAACUUAUAUCAGGAAAAGAAGUGAGGAUUGACUAACUGGCGGCAUUGCUUGUUAGACUUUCUGUAAGAUGCAGUUUUAUGUAAAAGCAUUUUCCUGGUGCGUGUAGUUGUUAGGUCUUUCGGU